GAGGUUAAACAUUGGGAUCGUUUUUCGUCUCUAGAUUUUAAUCUCCAAUCAUGGAAGUUGGUAAUUCACCCACUUCUUGUGAAUUCUUUGCACAUAUCUUGCAAACAAGUGUUAGAAUCAAAGACCCAUUUGCCGGAAGGUCUGUCCACUCUCAAAUAAUCAAGAAAGGCCUUCAUCUUGGUGUGUACUUGAUGAACAAUCUUAUGACUUUCUAUGCCAAAACUGGGUCACUUAGCUUUGCUCACCAUGUGUUCGAUGAAAUGCCCCUUAAGUCAACAUUCUCAUGGAACACUCUGAUAUCUGGCUAUGCCAAACAGGGUAAUUUUGAGGUCUCACGUCGCCUUUUGUAUGAAAUGCCUGACUGUGAUCCUGUUUCUUGGACUGCCAUCAUUGUGGGUUACAAUCAAUUUGGUUUAUUUGAUAAUGCGAUUUGGAUGUUUGCGAAGAUGAUAUCUGGAAGAGUCCCACCUUCUCAAUUCACAGUCAGUAAUGUUCUUUCUUCAUGCGCGGCAAAUCAAGCUUUGGACAUUGGUAGGAAGAUUCAUUCAUUUGUUGUUAAACUUGGACUCGGUAGUUGUGCUCCGGUUGCAACUUCCCUGCUGAAUAUGUACGCAAAAUGUGGAGAUCCGGUCAUAGCGAAAGUUGUUUUUGAUAGGAUGACGGUGAAGAACAUUUCAACUUGGAAUGCUUUGAUUUCAUUGUAUAUGCAAUCUGGGCAGUUUGAGCUUGCUGCUUCACAAUUUGAGAAAAUGCCUGACCGAGAUAUAGUUUCUUGGAAUUCGAUGAUUUCGGGAUAUAGUCAGCAAGGGAAUAAUCUUGAAGCACUGGUUAUAUUUUCAAAGAUGUUGAAUGAACCUUCUUUAAAGCCAGAUAACUUCACCUUGGCAAGCAUUUUAUCAGCUUGUGCCAAUCUUGAGAAGCUGAAUAUUGGGAAACAGAUACAUGCUUAUAUUCUAAGAACAGAAGCUGAAACUUCUGGAGCAGUUGGCAAUGCUUUGAUAUCAAUGUAUGCAAAGUCAGGUGGCGUAGAAAUAGCUAGACUGAUUGUUGAGCAUAACAGGACUUCAAAUCUAAACAUUAUAGCGUUCACUUCCCUACUGGAUGGAUAUACCAAGCUAGGAAAUGUCAAACCAGCCAGAGAGAUAUUUAACAAAUUAAGAGAUUGUGAUGUGAUAGCAUGGACAGCCAUGAUUGUUGGUUAUGUGCAAAACGGGUUAUGGAACGAUGCACUGGACCUGUUUAGGUUGAUGGUUAAUGAAGGCCCUGAGCCGAAUAGUUAUACCCUGGCGGCCAUGCUUAGUGUAAGUUCAAGUUUGGCUACUUUGGAGCAUGGGAAACAAAUACAUGCCAGUGCCAUAAAAGCUGGAGAAUCUUCAACACCUUCUGUUACUAAUGCCUUGAUAACCAUGUAUGCUAAAACAGGAAACAUCAGUGUAGCCAAAAGAGUUUUUGAUCUUACAAGUGGGAAGAAGGAAAUUGUGUCCUGGACAUCAAUGAUCAUGGCUCUUGCACAGCAUGGCCUUGGAAAAGAAGCCAUCAACCUGUUUGAGAGGAUGCGCUCACUUGGUAUGAAACCUGAUCAUAUCACUUACGUAGGAGUGCUAUCUGCUUGUACACAUGUGGGAUUUGUGGAGCAAGGUCGAAAGUACUAUAAAAUGAUGACUGAAGUCCAUGAAAUUGAACCUACUCUAAGCCAUUAUGCAUGCAUGAUCGACCUUUAUGGACGGGCUGGAUUGCUUCAAGAAGCAUACCAGUUCAUUGAAAGUAUGCCUAUAGAACCAGAUAAUAUAGCUUGGGGUUCGCUACUAGCAUCUUGUAGAGUUCAUAAAAAUGCAGAUCUCGCAAAAGUUGCAGCGGAAAGACUGCUUCUUAUUGAUCCUGGAAAUAGUGGCGCCUACUUGGCCCUCGCUAAUGUGUAUUCGGCUUGCGGAAAAUGGGAAAGUGCUGCCAAAACUAGAAAACUUAUGAAGGAUAGAGGAGUGAGGAAAGAGAAAGGAUUUAGUUGGAUUCAUAUUAAGAAUAAAGUUCACGCAUUUGGAGUUGAAGACGUUAUUCAUCCACAGAAAGAUGAAAUCUACAAGUUGAUGGCUGAGAUAUGGGAGGAGAUAAAAAAGAUGGGUUUCAUCCCAGACACUGAAUCAGUACUUCAUGACCUUGAAGAAGAGGUGAAAGAGCAAAUACUUAAACAUCACAGUGAAAAACUUGCUAUAGCAUUUGGGCUUUUAAAUACUCCAGAGAACACUGUACUGAGGAUUAUGAAAAACCUUAGAGUUUGUAAUGACUGCCAUUCUGCUAUAAAGUUCAUCUCCAAGCUUGUAGGAAGGGAAAUCAUUGUGAGAGAUGCUACUCGGUUCCACCAUUUUAAGGAUGGCUCUUGCUCUUGUCGAGACUAUUGGUAGGUGUAAGCUUAGAGAUUUUAUCCACAAAAGGGUUCUACUUGAUACAAAAAAAAAGCACUCUCCAAGACCAAGUGUCAGAAAGCCAGCACAAGGAUGAUGGAUGCACCCAAGUUUUACUCUAUGAAGUAUUAUAUUCUCAAUUCACUAGGGGUUGGGGAACAAAUUGUUUGAUCUACUAAUCAAACAAGCAGAUUUCUUCUUUUUUUACAUCAUUCCCAUCCUUGACUACAACAGAAUGUACAGAAUAUCCAUUAGGGCUUGCAUAACAGAGUUAUAAAGUACGAGUCCUCAUCUUAUCCCAGACAAUGUGUUCUUGACCUCAACUGGUUGUAGGGCGGAAAACUUCCAGUGCCAUUUUGAGAGAAUGCAAACCUAUAACAAGCCUAUUUGUGAUAUAUGAAUCUUAGAGAGAUUUGGAAGAUGCAAGGCUUGAUGUGGCUAAUUUACUGGGAGCACUCAGAAUGAAGGAGUAUUAAAGGUGCAUGAUUAAAGGAAUUUCUCUAUACUUCUAAGUAUGUAGUACAUAUACAGAGUGUCAAUUUCUUUCACUACUCUCUUGCAUAAUUUGGGAUUGUGUUCCUGAACAUUUCCUUUCUUGAGCUUGUCAGUUGCCUUUAUCAAGCUUAGUAGCUUACUAGCCAUAAACAUAUUUCGAACUAGUUUUAUAUUUGUAUCUUGAUCCAUGGCCAAAUGGUGGAUACAGUAAAAGUGAACAGAUCAGGACUCUGACAAGCUUGAGAUGAAUUUAAAAGGUUGAACUAGUCUAUCCAAAAGUUUAAGAAACUGACUCUUGGUUCUGCUAGCAUCUCAAUCACCUAUCAGCCAGUCUCAUGGCCGAACAAGGUGUAUAGGCUCGUAGCACCGACUAGAAUUUCCACCAUCAAUCAAGCUCAACGUUUCCUACUACAUUCAGUGGAAAAAAUAAGUUGGCCAAACAAGAUCGCUUUUUGCCAUAUGUGUGCUCAGAUUUAUGCCAGCGAGAGGGAGAUAUUCAUAUUAUCUCGCUUAUAAUUAAUGUCUCCAAGUGCAUUCCCAUUGGAUUGAUCAUUGUGCAUAAUGAGAAUGGCUUCUGCCUGUUUGGUUUUGAAGUGGCUUGUCCUAAUUGUUCAAGAGGAGAAACAAAACGUGUUCUUUGAAUCCUUUAAAGUGGGAUGUUCAUUAAUUAGGUUUUGAAUUGUGUUUUUUCAUUGCUUUUGUGCAGUCUUGAAGUCGAAUGGGGAAAUUCAGUAAGCUAUGAUCCCAUGAUUGGUUAAAUUUGAGUAGUUUGGAAGUCAUUUUCUUAGAUUCACACUCAUUCUUGUGCCUUGAGAUUAAAUAUAGGCUAUACCUUUAUUGGACCAACUCCUGUAAUUGCGAACGGAGUUCAAUACUCAACCAUCAAUAGAUUAAGUAUAUUUGGUCUGGGAUAA